AAGUAGACUGGCAAAAUAUUGACUUGACCACCACUACUAUCACACCUCAAAUGGAAAGUAGUAUUCCAAAGGAAGAUUAUGAGUAUUACUACACGAAUCCAAAGGUGACAGAUCCUGAAGUAGUGGAGAGAUAUACCAGAAAGAUGUAGAUCCCUAAUAAAAUUAUCAAAAUAUGUCUUAAUCUUACUAUAAUUCAGGAAUAUAUACAUCUGUACCCCUGAAGACUCGACAAUAUUCUACAAUCACGACAAGAAUGAGAAAGAACGGAUGAUUUUCCCUAUCGAAGACCCAUACACAGAAGAGGAAGAAAAAGCCUAUGAACAACUGCUGGAGAUAUUUGAUAAGGAAGAUGGUCCUCCCAGCUGAGAUAGACAAGAGGAGAUGUAUGAGGUUCUUGGUUACCAACCAGUAUAAGCCUAAGAAAGCGUAUCAGAAUAUUAAGAAUCAUCUCUUGUGGAGGGAUACUAUGAAACCUUUCAUCUUAUCAGUUGUACAUAAGAAAAUGCUUGAUGUGGGAUAUAUUUACAUCCAUGGGAGAGAUAAGUGCUUGCGACCAAUGUGAUUUUCAAGUAUGAGUGUAAUAGAAGAACUUGGUAUUGAGAUAGAAGAGGUACCUAGGCUUAAUUGGCUCAUAUGCUUCCUUCUGGUUGAUAACUUUCUCAGGAAGGGAAAAGUCGAAAAUUGGCUGUUUAUUUGAGAUCUAGCAGGGCUUUCAUUUGCAAAAUUGCCAAAAAGUGCGCUUAAGAAUAUUAUGACAGAUUACCAAGAACAUUUAAAAUGAAGAAUGAGACUGUUCUUCUUCUUUAACGUCACCUUUGGUCUCCUAGCUAUCUGGACUAUGAUAUCUCCUUUCCUAAACAAGAUCAUCAAACACAAGAUCAUAACAAAAAAAGCAGAUGCUACAGACCCUGCUCUAACUAGCAUGGCACAUCCAUCUCAAAUAGAGGAGAAAUAUUGAGGGGAAGCUCCUAAUGUAACAAAGUUUUGGCCUCCGUAUUGCUCGUCAGAGGAGUAUGGAGUCCUCGAAUCGUCAUUAUCUGAUGAACAAUUCUCAUAA